GUGAUUUGGACAUAUCUCAGAUGCUUCAAACAUUAUUAAAUUUUAAAGAAUCAGAUCCUUUGUGGGUAGUCAAACCAUACUUAGAACCUUUAUUUAGAAGGCUAACCAUCAUCAGUGCAAUUAAUGAAAUUUAUCCUAAUACAAGUCAUUUAUUAUGCAUUUUUUAUGUUGAUAUGAACCUUCAUAAGAAACUUAAAAGUAAAUUGGGAUCCCGCUUUGAAGAAUUUCAACAAAAAUUUUAUGCUUGUCGUAAUUCUUUAUGUAACAAGUUAUUUAAAGCUCAGUGGACUUACUUGAUUUCUGAAUACCCUGAAUCAGCUAAAUAUAUGUUAGAAACACUUUAUACUAAUAAAGAAUCUUGGGCUAAUGUUCAAAGUACACAAAGGAUAGAGUCGAUUAAUAAGUUGAUUCAUAAUAAGGUUGAUCAGGCUACUUCUUUGUAUAAUUUGCUUGCAACUAUUGAUAGUUGUGUCAAAAAUAAAGAACAGUUUGAAAAAUCUGAAAUUGAACGUAAUGUAUUACCAAGAGUUGGACUACUAUCAUUGAAUAACAGAUUUUUUAAAGAAGUUGAUAAUAUUAUCAAACAAUUCUUAACACCUAUCAUAUUGGGAAAGCAACAUCAACAGAUGAAUCAGUCAGUAUGUUAUGACGUUAAUUGUAUUGUAGAGUGGAAUCAGUUAAUAGCU